GGCGGAGGCGCCGCGUAGGCCCGGAGGCCGGGCGGGCCGGGCGGGGAGCUCCAGCCCCAUGCGCCGCCGCCGCCCCCCACGAUGUUCCCCGCGCGGAGGAAAGCGGCGCAGCUGCCCUGGGAGGACGGCAGGCGAGAUGUUACCCUUUAUCCAUCUCCCCAGUCUGUACCCCAUCCCCAGAAAGAGCCCAGAGGGAGAAUCUGUAGAGGUUCAAGUCUUCCUGGGCCACUUGCAGGACUGGGCUCCGCUCCUCCCCAGCAGAAACCACUACCACAGCACAGCGGGGGGUCCAGGUUGCUCCCCGGCGGCCUCCCCCGGAAAUGCUCCGUCUUCCAUCUCUUCGUUGCCUGUCUCUUAUUGGGCUUCUUCUCCCUACUCUGGCUGCAGCUCAGCUGCUCUGGUGACGUGGCCCAGGCAGCCAGGGGACAAGGGCAGGAGGCCUCGGGGCCACCCCGGGCCUGCCCCCCAGAGCCACCCCCUGAGCACUGGGAAGAAGACGCAUCAUGGGGCCCCCACCGCCUGGCAGUGCUGGUGCCCUUCCGAGAGCGCUUCGAGGAGCUGCUGGUCUUUGUGCCGCACAUGCACCGCUUCCUGAGCAGGAAGAGGGUCCCGCACCACAUCUACGUGCUCAACCAGGUGGAUCAUUUCAGGUUCAACCGGGCGGCGCUCAUCAACGUGGGCUUCCUGGAGAGCGGCAACGGCACAGACUACAUCGCCAUGCACGACGUGGACCUGCUGCCUCUCAACGAGGCGCUGGACUACGGCUUCCCGGAGGCCGGGCCCUUCCACGUGGCCUCCCCGGAGCUCCACCCCCUCUACCACUACAAGACCUACGUCGGUGGCAUCCUGUUGCUCUCCAAGCAGCACUACCAGCUGUGCAACGGGAUGUCCAACCGCUUCUGGGGCUGGGGCCGAGAGGACGACGAGUUCUACCGGCGCAUUAAAGGAGCCGGGCUCCAGCUUUUCCGGCCCUCGGGAAUCACAACUGGCUACAAGACGUUCCGCCACCUGCACGACCCGGCCUGGCGGAAGAGGGACCAGAAGCGCGUCGCAGCUCAGAAACAGGAGCAAUUCAAGGUGGACCGGGAGGGCGGCCUGAGCACUGUGAAGUACCGUGUGGACUCCCGCACCGCGCUGUCUGUGGGCGGGGCCCCCUGCACCGUCCUCAACAUCAUGCUGGACUGUGACAAGGCCGCCACCCCCUGGUGCACACUUGGCUGAGCAGGCGGGACGGUGAGGAAGCCCAUGCUUGCAGGCCGCUUUGCUGCUACGCCCGGGACAAGGCCCCCUGCCCGGCUCCGCGGGACGGGCUGGCAAGCUACGCCCUCCCUCUCGGCAGCCCAGCCCCAGAGGCAGGCUCGAGCUGGGACAGGACACACUGGCUGCCUGGGACACUGCUAGCAAGGAACAGAGAUCACAGAGGCUGGGAUGUGGCUCCGGACUGGGACUCCCCCUCCCUCCCCACUCGCCCUGCUCUGCCCUGCUGAGGCCUGCGGGCAGUGGGGAGGGUGGAGCGGGGCGCCCCUCGCCCACCUCCUUUUCCUUCCUUCCCACCGGCCGCCGCGGGCAGAGACACAGUUUGGGAGCCGUGCGGCUGAUUCGGUGGCAGUUGUGACUGGGGGGGUCAGAACUCCAAACACCAGAGUACAAGUCCCACAGAAAGAACGGCCAGCUGCAGCUCUGGCUGGUUGUCACCAUGCAGGAAUGUGGGUCUAGUGUCACCAGAUCUUCUGAUUUCUCAAAAGAAACCAGGAUGCUGGAUUCUUAAGCGAAAUCUGAUUUUUAAAUGGUAGCAACUCAAUGAAACUUUCAAAAAGUAUGGCAGGCCAAACGAAA